CGUUUUGGACAGAACCCAAAGAUGAACACCAUUCAAAUGGCAGGACUUGUUUUCUACAUUAUGCUCAGCAUUACUUUAAGCAGUAGCAGUCCAUUGGAGAGAAUAAAACGUUCCCUACAAGCCGCAGCUGGUUACUGUCCCCCCGGCGUAUGGACAUGCCUCACAGAAGAGCGCGACCAUAAGAGGAUUGAAGAACCUAACCAAGAGGACUCUUCUGUUGGAGCUGACAGAGUCGCUAGGUUCGCUCGCGCCUGCCCUCCUGGAGUGUGGACCUGCAUUCAUGCAGGAAGGCUUCGUGCAGAGAAAAGAAAUAUAAAGUUGGAAAAAAUGUCGAAGCAGCGAAGGAGAGUCCAGAGAUCGGUUAAGAAUUGUCCCCCCGGAAUCUGGAUGUGUUAAGCCAACCGUCUACAAUCCGCCUGAAAGUCUUCAAGAUUAUUUUGACGAAACGUAGAAUGCGACGAAAAGGACCUUGUUGUAGUUUUGCUCAUUAACUUAACAAUAUUAGCUUUCCAAUUUAAAAUUAUUAUCAUAUAUUUAAACCUAUUUUAAAGCACACCUCUGCUAAAGGGUUAAAGAACUGAGUUUUAUUUAAAGCGUGUAUUCAGUGUUAUUACUUGUCUAGUUUGUUAAGCCCAUAGGGCGAAUUACCGGAUUAAAAACAUGGCAUAAUAA